CUAUUCCUUCCACUGACACCAAUGAUGGGGCACUAUUCCUCCAAAUGACACUGAUAAUAGAUCCCUACACACACACACACACAAUGAUGGUCAUAAGGGAGAUAAACACCAAUGCUGGGGGUUGUUCUUGCAUUCACAGACACAAAUGUUGGGGGUUAUUUUGGUCACUGACACCAAUGCUGGGGGUCAUUAUUGUGUCUACUGACACCAGUACUGGGGGUUAUUAUUGCAUUUACUGACACCAGUGCUGGGGGUCAUCAUUGCACUCACUGAUACUAAUGUUGGGGGUUAUUAUUACACUCACUGAUACCAAUGCCAGGAGUUAUUAUUAGUGCCACUGACACCAGUGCUAGGGGUUUAUUAUUGCAUUCACUGACGCCAAUGCUGUG